ACAUCAAUUUCACAUUAACAUCACAAUCAGCUUCAGUCUCUCAUCCAAAGUCCAUUUAUUCACCUGGUCAUUCUACUCACACUCUUUCUGUUAUCUCCCCUUUUCUUAUUGGUGCACUUCGAAGUCUUCUCAUCUCGGUAUCAUCUGAUUCAGUCGGGUCCGUUGAUACUGCUGAGGAACCCGAGUGUUACAUUCUCCUUAUUCUCUUGUUCAAUCGUUCAAUGAAAUCAGAAAUCAAUAUGACUCCAGUGGUUGCACCCCCCGAGAUCAAGAAAGAGCCCAUCUAUGACCCAGGCAAAUACGCUCCUCCAGCUGGAAAAUUGAACGUACCUAUCCGUACUCGCCCCAAGGGUGCCGAGGGAGCCAAUGGAUCUCUGCAUCAUCCCAACUCCGACUUUGCUAGUCUUGCUAGGGAUACUAUGUACAAUGCUCCAAUCAUGGUUGGUGGGAUGAAUCCAAAUGGCCACUUCAGCCAACGUCAAGUCACUCCUCCCGGCCCGUCUAUGGCGGGUAUGCCUGUCCCUCCAACUGUGUAUUACCCUGGCUUCGUUGGCGGUGCACCCAUUACUCCAGUGAACUUCCCCUCUAUGCCAUGGGGAGCUCAAGGUUCCGGGUUGAAUCAUACCCCUGCUGGUUCCUGGUCCUUUGAAGAGAAGAACCACUUGAAUGAGUACUCUGGAGUGAGCAACGGCUACCAUUCGUAUGGCUCAAUGAUGGAUCAGCGCACUCCGAUUGCCCCUUACCCAAUGUUGCAAGGUCUCCAACUUCAGCAACCAUGUCUUCAAUACCAAAUGAUGAAGACUCCAAAUGGUUACAUUGUCCAGGAUUUGGAAAUGCUCACCCAGCAGGAUCCCCCAAUCCCCCGAGCCAUCCCUGCCAUGUGGACUAACCAGUCUGACUUGACCCUUGCUAAAUGUCUUGAAAACCGCGAGGGUAUUACCAAUGUCUACAUCCGUGGAUUUCCUCCUGAGACCACUGACGAGAUGCUUCAUGCCUAUGCCUCUCGUUUCGGAGAGAUUGAUCGAUGCAAGGCAAUUGUGGAUUUGGAUACGGGACUCUGCAAAGGAUUCGCAUUCGUCCAAUUUUUUAACUUUGAGUCGUGCGAGAAUUGCAUCCGUGGAUUCUACUAUCUCGGCUAUCAAGCUUCGUUUGCUCAGAAAAGUCGUAACUCUCGCCUCAAGGAUUUGGAAGACAGAAGCUCCACCAACAUUUACUGCACCAAUGUACCAAUUGAGUGGUCUGAAGCUGACCUCCGUCGCCACUUUGAACCCUACCGCGUGGUAUCUGAGAAGAUCAGUCGUGACGAGAAGACAGGAGUGAGCAAGGAAGUUGGGUUUGCUCGAUUCGAGACCCGUGACAUUGCCGAGCGUGUGAUUGAAGAGUUCCAUAACGUUGCUGGCAAAGACGGACACAAACUUCUUCUUCGCUUUGCUGAUACCAAGGCCCAGAAGCUUUUGAAGCAGCAAUCCAACGAACGUCGUGCUUAUCGUGCUGGAGAGUACAAUUAUUCCGUUGAGGUCGUUCAAGGCUCAACACCUUCUCCCGCGACUUCACGCACCUUGGGAAACGAACAUGCUUCGCCCCUAUCCUUCCAGUCUCCAGUCGGUGUCGGCCCUGCAUGGACUCCUGCUACGACAAUCUCGCCUUCGAUUCCUGUGAAGAACGCUGGUAUCCGUCGUGCAUUGAACGGGAUUCACCCGUUCCGUGCAUUGACAAACGGCGAGAACGGUUCAGCAAACUCCCGCGGUCGAGAGACUUCGGCUACUCCUAGUGCACUGCCGGAGAAGAAAGACAUUAUAUCGCCUACUAAGCCUGCAGCUACAAUUACCGUAAGCGUGGCAGUGCCUCAGACUCCUACCAAGAAGGCUCCUGCAUUACGGAAGUCGAACUCUGUUUCCCCAGCGGCAUCACGAAAGAACGUUGAGAAAUUGUCGCCAAAGUCUGCCGCGGCUUAGAUGAGCACGUGCCCUGUCUUUUUCCUCUGUGCAGUAUUGCGCAGCACCUAUCAAAACAAUUAUUGUUCGAACAUGGUAUACAAUCCUUGCAUUUACUCUACCAGGUAGACGUUUAUUUGUCAUCAGUUCAGCUCUGUGUCA